UUAAAUGACGUUGACUUUUAUUUCAGUUGAUUAAUUAUGUAAAUAUAUUUUGAUCAACUAAUCAAAACCCUCCACAUACUAUAUGGCUGUAAAACAUAAAACAAUAAGUAACUAGCCUAUGUACAAAACAUGUUGACAUUAGUAUAACCAAAUAUUUGAUCAGUCAUAAAUAAAUUAUUAAUGUAUUUUGUAUAGCCAAUCACUUCUAUUCUGUCAGCCUGUGUCAGCCUCUCUUUCCGUUUCUGUUUCCGUGCCUGGAGAGCAUUUUCCAUUGAUCAAUCUCAUUUUUUUUUUUUUUUUUUUUUUGGCCUCAUGUAAGAUAAAGAGCAAUAGGCAUCUCAUUCAUUCUAAAUGUAGCCUAUUUAUCGUUUGUCUGCUUGUUUUAUAUUUCAGUUCUGUAUCAUACCCACUUUAGAAUGGACCUUGCCAGUUUAUAAGCAUUAAAACUUCCUGUGAUGUUGCUAUGAACCAACCAUUUGUUGAUAAUAUGACGUAACAAAUAAACAUUAGCUACUAAACCAAAAUAUUCAGAUUUCUGUUACAGUAAGUUUGAAUGUCAAUGUCAUGAAACAACGACUAAGAAAAGAGGGACAGUCAGACUGAGAGGAUGAAGAGGGGGAGAGGAAAGGAUGCAGCUUACUGAAGUUUUCCUCCCUGCUGGUGAGCGCGCGGAGCAGAGCACGCGGAGAGCGCCCACGCAACACUUUCACGCGCCGCAAAGCGUUUUAAUGUGACGCAUACUCAAACAGCAGUGCAGCCGCUUUAUUUGACUUGUGCUUUAAUAUUAAUUGAACAGCGUUAUAGAAAUAAAAUUGAAAUGGAACAGACAUCACGCUCAUAUGGACUAUUAAGUGAUGACAUUUGUGCAUGAGCCGCAGAUUUCUGCUGACUUGAUGGGCAAAGAAAGAAGGCUGAGGAUGAUCUAUGCACUUUGUUAACUGCCAGCAUUGGAGUUAACAAAUGUCCUUGUGAUGUCCUCAACGCAAAAACUGCAGUCUCAAAUAAUAAGGAACGUGACAGGGGCCUGCCAAACUAUUCUUGAGUUGUAUUUGCUGUGGAUAUAUUCUACCACAAAUGUCAGUGUGAGGGCAGCAGAUAUUUGAAGAUGAACCUAACCUCUCACUUUAGAAAAGUUAUUUUUCCACACUCCAAUUUGUUGAUUCUCUUUUGAGUGUUUUUUUUUCUCAUUUCAUCCUUUGAUAUGUUUCUGUGCAAGUGGGCUUUUCGUGACUAGAAACCUUUUUUAAAGAUUCUUUUUUCUAUUACGUUCAUUAAGCAUCGAACUGCAGGUUUCUCAAAGGAGGUACAUGAAAAGGUAACACCACUUAUCAGGUCUGAACGUUUAGUUCCCCAAUCACCUUAUUUUGAAAUCUAUGAAGGUAAUGAUUUGUGCUUCAGCUUACACUUGUCUGGCCUAUUGUUCACUUUUAGGGAUAUUUCAACAAUUGCAUGUGUUUUUUUGACGACCAAACUGGACUCGGACUCUGUGGAAGAUCUCAAAGCAUCGCCUAGCAUUUUUAAGCUUUUGGAGAGGCCAAAGUUCAUCAGGUCAUAAUCUCACUCUAAACCUCUUCCCAUUGUAAUGUGUGGACUUUCUUUAUCAAAUAUAGUCCAGUAAUUCAGUUAUAGAACUUCAAGUUUUAGAGCAAAAUGACCCUUUCUUUUGGAGAACUGGGCUCUUGUCUUGAGACUGGAUGAAACCAGACUGAAGAUGGAUACAUGACUGUGACAGAUUGCCACUUGUGACUGUUUCAAUGUCUAAUAAUAUGAUUGGGAAAUGGACUUGCUUUGUGUUCCAGAGUUAUAUUUGCUCAAUAUCAAAGACAAAGAGGUCACAACUGUGGACCUUUUAGGAAAUGUUGACCAGUUUUCAUAUUAAUUGCAUGUCUCUCUUGUGUCUUUAAACAUCCGUCCAUUUAAAUAAGGAAAUGUGAAGAGGUCCUAGAGGGAAAAAUUGGUCUGUAUAUGCAUGCUGUUAUAUUCAUUUAUUUCCUUAUUUAUUACACAUAUAUGUUCUAGACUAUUUUAAUGCAUGUCAAAUAUUUGUUCUUUUCAACUUCCCCUAUAUGUUCUAAAGCUUUGAGACUUGUUUAUAUUAUAUAAGUUCCUCACUUUCCUUCUUCUUUCUGCUCCGCUUGAGCUUCGCCUUGUUUGUUUGUGCCUUUUAGUUGCUCACUUUCUCAUAGUUGCUAUACGUUACGCAUAGGCCUAAAGCAGCAGCGUUUUCCCAGUCUGGUCUCUGCUCACCAACUGACCUUGUCAAAACUGUUUCUAAAGCUGAAAAACUGCAUUGAAACUGAUUUUUUCUUUAUUCACUGCAUCUAACAACUUUGGAAAUUUGUGUUCAGUAAAAUCCAGGAAUACUGGUUUACUGAUAUCUGACAGCUACCUAUGGUGGACAGAUUGCUCAAGUAAAGACUACAUAAAUCUUGAAAAGAGGGAUGUCAGAGAUGAUCUCUAAUGCGAUUGUGUUCCGUCUCUGGGCAACGAUUGGCUGCCGGGAUCUGAAUGACAAUAAGGACUGUUUCAGGCCAUAAGCCUCACUGUGGAAUACAAUCAACGACUCAUAUAUUGGAUAUAUCUAUAUCACUGCAAACAUUCUCACGAAAGCAUCCCAAUUUUUUAAUCCACUUUGACUCUGGAUUUAUCUGGCAAACUCUUGAACGCUUCUUUUUUCCCAGACAUUUUUUAGUCAGUCUGCUGUCGUCAGUAAUGGGAGCUGCUCGGGUGAAGCGGCGCUUCAGUGCAGUUGUGGACACACCACUGGAUGAGGAGGAAGUCAUGAGGCUGGCGCAAAGUGACGAUGUCACUUCCUCCCAUUCGGGCGUGCUUCCUUCUCCCAACUGCAAUGGCAAAGUGCUCAACCUUCAUCGCAGCAAUGGAGGAAGGAGUGGAGAGAGGGAUGAGGAUGAUGAUGUGGAGGAUGAUGAUGAUGAUGAUGACGAAGAAGGGGGAGGGAGGAGGGGGGGAGGAGGAGGAGGGCAUGGCCCGGCACUCAAGGGGGAGUCUGGGGCAGAAGGGAGGUGGGAGAGGAACAAGAGAGCAUCCUCGCCUUCCCUCUCGCCCUCGCCGCCCCGCGAUCGCCGUGGCCAGUCCCGCCGGCCCCGGCGGCGCUUUGUAGGCAAGGACGGGCGCUGCAACGUCACCUUCGUCAACAUGAGCGAAAGGGGCCAGCGCUACCUCACCGACCUCUUCACCACCUGCGUGGACAUCCGCUGGCGCUGGAUGCUCGUGGUGUUCACCCUCUCCUUCUUGCUCUCCUGGCUUCUCUUUGGUUUCACGUUCUGGCUCAUCGCCGUCGCUCACGGGGAUCUGGCUGCUCCACUGGCAUCAUCUUCCUCUUCUCCUUCGUCUGUUUCCUCCUCUCUUGCUCCUCUGCAAGCUGCCGAGGUUUCUGGCCCGGUGGAGACGGAGGAACGCUGCUUUCAGCAGGUGAACAGCUUCAUGGCAGCGUUCCUCUUCUCUCUAGAGACGCAGACAUCUAUAGGCUACGGCUUCCGGAGCGUUACCGAGGCCUGCCCCCUGGCGGUGCUUGCUGUCGUGUUGCAGUGCAUUGUAGGCUGCAUCAUCGACGCUUUCAUCAUUGGGGCGGUAAUGGCUAAGAUCGCCAAGCCCAAGAAGCGCAAUGAGACACUGGCGUUCUCGGAUGUGGCCGUGGUGGCCAUGAGGGACGGGAAACUCUGCAUGAUGUGGCGAGUGGGAAACUUGCGCAAGAGCCACCUGGUGGAGGCCCAUGUACGAGCACAGCUACUGAAGCCACGGGUGACCCCUGAGGGUGAGUUCCUGCCAUUGGACAAUGCAGACCUAAAUGUCGGCUUUGACACGGGAACAGAUCGCAUCUUUUUGGUGUCACCUGUGACCAUUGUGCACGAAAUUGAUGAGGAGAGCCCUUUCUUUGAGGUGGACAAACGUACACUAGAGGGAGACAAAGAGCUGGAAGUGGUGGUGAUUCUGGAAGGCAUGGUGGAGGCCACUGCCAUGACAACCCAGUGCCGCUCUUCAUACCUGGCCUCUGAGAUCCUCUGGGGUCACCGCUUUGAACCUGUGCUCUUUGAAAGGAAGAACUGCUACCAGGUGGACUACUCGUACUUCAACAGGACUUAUGAGGUCACGGACACGCCCACUUGCAGCGCUAAAGAGCUAGCAGAGAAAAAGUACAUCCUGGGCUCCCGUUCCUCCUUCUGUUACGAGAACGAGGUGGCUCUGCAGCUCUCCUCCUCUGUCCCUCCCUGUUCUGACCAAUUCUCUCCAUCCCCCUGUUCUUCCCCCUCUCCCUCACCCUCUUUCGUUCAGCCCACGCCACCACCUCGACAAGACUCCUGCAGCGAGCACCCACACAUACACUGAGCCAUGUGGCUGGGAUAAAAGGGCACCGGGAAAAGCAGCGGUCAAAGAAAGAAAAGGAGGUAGAGAAAGAAAGGAAAAGGGUCAGGAUGGAGGGAGGAGUUGGAACUGGGGGUAGGGAGAGAGAGAGAGAACCAGCAAAUGGACAAAGGCCUGGAAAAACAGACUUGGACAGGGGACUAAGGCAAAGAGGACCAUAAAGGAACAAUGUAGGACUGAUUAAUGACAAAAGGUCAUGCUUAAGAUGGGGUGAGAAAAGACAGAAUGCACAAAAGAUGGAGAAUAGAAAAGGGAAAGGGGCCUCUCACGCCUGUGAGAAGAGAACCAAAGAGCAAGAUAGUGAGACAGUGGGGCAAAUUCACUAAACAGUUGCACCAGUGCAGCAUUUCAGCUUGAGACUAUCAAAGUCCUUUUCAAGGCAAGUCACUUGGCAGACAUCUUGGAAACACAGCUGUUUUCAGUCAUACAAGUAUAACUCUUGUCUAACCAGACUCACAUUUCUAUUAAAAUGUUCAAAUCAGUAAUACAAUCUGACAUUAAUGGUAUCAUAAGCUAAAAUCUGUAUAUUUCAGGUAUUUCAGGUUGGUCGAGAUAAAAGAGUGCCGCAGUGACGACAUAUUUUUGUAGGCCAACCCAGAAGUUAGCAUCACUCCUUCGACAAAAACCCAAUACGAUUUUUCCAUUGACUUUUGGAUAAUUGCAGAAUAUAAGCUCUGUGACCAAACACGAUUCUUACACGUUUUGCUCAUCAUAAUCAUCUUCACAAAUGAACUUUUAUGAAUUAUAAAGCCUAAAUAACAAAUGCCAUUAGUAAAAAGCUAAAUGUAGGAUAUGCAUGAACUACACUGUGGGUGCAUGAUUUCAAUGUCAUUAAGCUUCCAAAAACUCUUUCAGUCUUUAUUUAAAAUCUACAAGUUGGAAAGUCUGAAAGAGCACGAGUAUAAACACAACGAGGCUGUAAAAGCAGACUAGUGAGUAGAUGAGUUUGCUUGUUUGCUGUAAUGACGAUGUCCCAAACAACCUCUGUAGUCCCAUUUAGCCACUUGUUAUCAACCACGUUUUUCAACUGAUGUUAAAGUUAAAAAAAUCAAAGUGGGGUAUUACAGUUAUUUUAUGUCAUAGAAGAAAACGUGAAAGUAUCUUGAGCUUGUGUUCACCACAGACCUUAUUACAGGCAUUCAACCAUAAACUUAUUCAAAAAACCUAUUGACUUAAAGGUGCAGUAAGCAAUUUCUGAGAAACGCUGUUUAAGGGGCUGUUUACAAGACACCGUUUUCAACAAAAACAGAAAACUUUUUAAUGUGUUUUGGCUGUUCAUUUACAUGGUGUUUUAAGUUCCUGAAAACACAAACUGAAAACGGGCUUCAAAGUGCAAGGUUUUGAAAACGGUCUCUGUGUAAACAACAAAAACGCAAAUCUGUGAAAACGAUGACGUAAUGCAUGAUUUUGCAUGUCUAUAGUGUUUCAUUGCCAUCUAAUGGCCUGCCAGCAGAAUACAGCGUUUUUAGUCAUUUUCACGGAUUUGUGUGAAUGGGGAUCAUUUUGACAACGGUGUUCUCUAUAUGCGGAAAACUCAAAGGAAAAACUUCUCAGUUUAAGCAUAUUGUUUUUCAUGUAAACAUACCCUAAAUUUGAAAUCUCCAAAACAAACACACCCCUUCCCAAAAGGAUCCAAGUAGUGCUCGUUGCAGAGCAUAAUGACCUCCAGCUCCACCUCUCUGGAGCUCAAGGGUGGAGCUUAACCUGUUUAAUGGGUGGAGAGAUAGGGUUAUGGGUGGGGUAAGGGUGUGGUUGGAUGAUGCAGCUCCACCCAUCAUGCCCACAGUAGGUCAAGAGAAGGGGAGCUGGAGCUCCAGAGAGGGGGAGCUGGAGGUUAUGGCUCUGCAGUAAGUAGUAAGUAUCUUGAUAGCUCCGCCCCCAAAUUCAUGAACAGUGUGUUUUGGUGGUUGGUCUGAUCCACUUUCAACAGCAUUUCUCAGAAAUCGUUUACUGCACCUUUAAGGACAAUGAAACCAGAAGUUAAAAAAUGCUUACUUGUUUGCAGGUUUUUAGCUCAUUCUACGGCACUUUAGGGCUGUUUCUAUUAGCAGAUGCAGUGACGCUGUCACCUAAACAGCAAGAACUUUCAUAAAGGCCAAGAGAUGACUUUGCAGACUGGACUUCCGUUACUUGAGCCACUUCUUGGAUGUUUCAUUAUUCAUUCUAGUGAAUUCCCCCAAAAAGUAGGAGCUUUGUAGAGAGGGAACUUUCAGAUGGACUCAGGCAGGAGGAAGCUAAAGUUUGAGUUGUUAAAGUUUGAGUCAGAGUGCAGGGGAAUGUAUUCAGGUCAAUCAGAUUGAAAUGAGGUCAAAGACUUAAUGACCGAAAACAGAUCGAAAUUAAAGAGUGAGGGGGAAUAUAGAGGGAUUGAUAGAGAAGGUCAUUUCGACAAGAGGAGAGCUGCAACACCAACCCAGUGUGCUGAUUGAACCUGGCGAUCUUUUGGAACCAACACGAGCUGCAGUGGCUCUAGCAUGUACCUGAUAGAGACACAACAGUGGCCCCCAGUGGCUGCAACCUGUAUGAGCAAUUGUAGAAUUUAAAAAUGGGAAGGAGAUAUCUAUAACACCAGCCCCUGGUUUUACAGACAAGGCUUAAGCUAGUCCUAGACUAAAAUGCAUGUUUUAACUGAAAGCAACUUGUACUGACGUAUCUUAAAAUAUGUCAGUGCCAUUGUUUUGUCUCAAGAUGUACACGAGUAAUUGUUUUUUCUAGGGUAGGUUUAUAAAAGCUACUUAAAUGUCCUAAUUGAACUAAGGCCUAAUCAUGGCCUAGUCUAAGUCCUGUCUGUGAAACCGGGCCAUAACCUCUUAUGCAAUAUCAUGCACAAAUAGGAAUUUUUGUCAAAAAAAAUCCUCUCUCAAAAAAUCAAAUUACUUGUUGUGGGAACUUUUGUGUUUUGUAUUGAAUGUCAGAAUGCCUGCUAGAGCCACUGCAAAACAAGAAACUACUGAAAAUCUGCAGCAUUUUCAAGUUGUUUCUCUUAUGUACUGUAUUUUUAAUUUUCUAUUUGUUUUAGCACUGUUUUGUAUCAUGGUACACAAAGAUUAUGUGAAGCACUUUCGUAAUUUGUAACAUACCACAUUUGUCACAAUUGCACAGACCAAAAAUGAAUUAGCUAGUUGUAUGUAUGGAAAUGGAAUAACAUAUUGUAUGAAGAAUAUAUUUAUUUUUUGAAGGGUGUGGCUUGAAAGUAAAAGAAAAUACUGUUGGAUUGUACAGCAUGGGGAAACUGUGGUUUGACUCAUUGGGCAGCACAUGGAUCUAUCAUCAGCCACUGUUUGGAUUGUAGACAUUCAUGUUUUGUGUUCCUUCAGUGUUUCAUAACAGCGUGUAGUAGUAGCUAUGGUAAAUGACUUAUUUACUCUCUGUAGUAUUGUUGUCAUGACUGAGGCAUCUGUUUUUUUUUCUUCUGUUUUCCAUUCAUUCCUAAACAACCACACAAGCAUCCUGACCUAAAGCAUGUUGCUGGACAGGUUUUUUUUUUUCUUUUUGUUGUAAUUAGUUUGCCAGUGGUGUGCCUUUGAAAGUGAGCCUGCUUGUUUUGAGGUUUUAGGGAGUAAUGGAGACAAUUAGGAUGUAUUAUGCUGAUGUUAAGUUACAGACCCAGGUGGAAUCUAUUUUCCACAUUUUGUAUGCUGAUUUUUGGGAUAUGUAAUUCUAUAUUUGAAUAUAGUAAAAUGUGUUAAAUGGUACUGAGACACUUGCCAAGUUUUCAUCCAAGGAUUUUUUGCAUAAAAAGGUUUAGCGCAUUAAAAUAGUUACCGAUAUAGCUGAUGGAAAUGCUGUUAUUGGUAUAAUUUUGUGAGCAGUGUUGAGGAAAGUUACUUUUUAAAGUAAUGCAUUACAAUAUUGUGUUGUUCCAUAAAAAAAAAGUAACUACUUGCAUUUCUUAGUUACUUUUUUACAGAAAGUAAUGCGUUAGAUUACUUUUGCGUUGCUUUUUCUCAUCUGGGCUGGGCUUGCUUGUUUGUUUCUAACAAAAAAUGAACAAAAAAUUAGCAACAACAACAACAAAACACAAUCUAAAAAAAAAAUACAAAAUGUAAAGGCCUUUUGACACAAAAAGUGGAAUGAAUAAGCCUUAGGCUGAAGGAAAUGCAAAUUCAUGCAUGUACAGUAGAGGGCGCAGCUCAAAUAAACCUUUUAGCUGUGCUGCCAUUCUGAAUCACUGAAGAAGAGGACGCAGUACAAGAAAGUUCACACUUAUUUCAGCAAUAAAAAAAAAAGUGAAGUCAUUUUAGCAUGGUUGAAUUGGAUCAUUGAAGGUCAGCAGCAAAGAUGUUGGUUAAUAAAGUGAGUUUAAAUACAUAAAGUAUAUUUGUGUA